AUGAUGGGAUUAUGGAAUCCCCAGACCGUAGUGCCCACUGGCACCGCCGAUCCCCUCCUGCAUCAACAUACCUAUCCCGAUCUCUUAACGUUCACCUUCUUCGGCCCAACGCCUUACAACCAGAACCAACCACUCUUUAUCGAUGCUGAAGAUAUCUCGCGCUCGUUCACAGCCGCUCAGCUCCGCCAGCUGGUCCGGACUCUGAUCGCCGGGUUCAAGGCACAUGGCGUACAGCCGGGAGAUUGCGUGCUGCUGCAUUUGGGGAACAGUAUACUCUACCCGGCCCUCUUUUUCAGCAUUAUCGGUGCCGGUGGCGUCUACAUGGGAUCGAACCCCCGCAGCCAGCCUCAGGAAUUCGACCAUAUCGUGAGCCUCGCCGAGCCCAAGCUGAUCCUCACGACAAGCGAUGCGCUGCCUAUGGUAUUGAACGUUGCGGCCGAGCGUGGUAUACACUCCAGCCGCGUGUGCCUGGUAGAUGAGCGCGCUGUGGAUCAUUGCUCCCGGCUGUUUUUGCAAUAUCCGGUGCGGCGCGAUUCCGUCGCUGUCCUUGGCGAGGCACCUCACCUGAAUUUCGCGCAUCUGUUGAACCACGGCGAGAGGAAUUGGAUCAUGUUCAAUAAUCCAGUGGUGGCGCAGAACACUCCUGCUGCGAUGUUCUCGACCAGUGGCACGGGUGGCCUGCCUAAAGCUGCUAUCCUGUCUCAUCACGCGAUUGUUUCUCACCAUCGCUCGAUCCAAUACGAGGUGCCGUACCCGACAAGUCGCCUCAUGUCGUUGCCCAUGUUCCAUCUCUUCGGCGCCCUCUGGACCCAUUUGUUCCCAGUUCGAUAUGGCCACCCAUUGUUUGUGUUGCCACGCUUCGAGAUGACGCAGUUCCUCACAACUGUUCGCCGGUAUCAAAUCUCCGAGACCUACUUGGUUCCGGCCAUCGUGCACUCGAUCAACCGUUCCUCGUACCCAGUCAAGGACUAUCUCCAGUCGUUGUACUAUGUGGGCGUCGCUGGGGCCCCUAUCGACGGAGCCUCCAUGAUCGAGUUUCGCAGUCAUCUCAACCCAAUGGCAUUUGCGUGCCAGCUCUGGGGUAUGACCGAGGUUGGAGUUGCCUUUCAAACUCGCUAUGGUCAGCAUGGCGACCCAGGAAGCAUUGGUACUCGACUGUCGGGCUACGAAGUGCGGCUAAUCGAUGAAGAUGGUCAACCCGCCUGCGGUGACGAGCAAAAAGGCGAGCUGCAGCUACGGGGCCCUGGAUUGCUCUUGGCCUACAAGGGCCGAAACGAUGCCAAGGAUGCUGAGGGUUGGUUCCAUACCGGUGAUAUCGCUUACAAAAAGAAUGGCUUUUACACUAUCGUGGGGCGGAGCAAGGAGCUCAUCAAGGUGCGAGGCUGGCAAGUCGCCCCCGCUGAGAUUGAAGCCGUUCUAUUGCAGCACCCUGGGAUCAGCGAUGCUGCUGUGACGGGCAUCAACCUCAGGGAUCGCAGCAGCGAGGUGCCUCGCGCAUUCGUCGUGCGUUCGCGCGAUCCAUCUGUCAGCCGUUUGACUGCCGAAGAAGUCUACAACUUCACCCGACAGCGGUUGGCAAGUUACAAAUCCUUGGAGGGCGGCGUGAUUUUCGUCGAAGAGAUCCCGCGCACCCCAAGUGGCAAGAUUCAGCGCUAUAAGUUGUCACAGAUGAAUGUGUACCGCGAAAUGGUCGCAUCGCUUUUGUCACGCCUCCCCGGCCCCGAUGUUUCCUCGGCGCCUGUCGCCCGUCCGCUGCCGUCAAGCGCCGAUAUGCCACAGGUUGGCCUGGCUCCUGAAGGGCGAGUCACUGUCUAG